AUGGACUGCCAGGGGUUUGAGUCUGACAAAACGUUCUGUAGAUUCCUCGCGCGAUGCGCGAAAUGGAUUGGGGAAGGUCCGCACCUUGACCUUCUUGAGGCACUAAUGCAUCUAGACUUCGACGCUGGAGAAGUAGAGGCUCAGGAAUGGCCAGAGCCUUGCUCAUCAAAUUGGAGAUCCGAGAGUGUCACUCCUGAUCCCUUCUUCGUUGAGUAUAUCAGCAUCCUUUGCAAGGAUAACCAAGGUUUUGCCGGCAUGACGCCUCUUCACGAGGCUGUCUUAUUUGGAUCAUCGCAGUCAGUGAAGACAUGGGUCGAGCGGUCCAAAAGAGACGAGAAGAACUUUCUUGGCCAAACUCCGCUUCACCUCGCAGUCUACAAAGCUGAGUACCUAACGGCCCUACUAGAGUCAGGUCACGAUGUAAAUGCUGUCGACAACUAUGGCAUCACGCCCCUGAUGUAUGCAGCCGCGACAGACCAAGAAGACGCUCUCUUCAUUCUUAUCAAUGCACAUGCGAACCUAAAAGCAGUGGACAGUCGGUACCAACGUACCUUCUUUGGUUACGCCGUUGCCAGGCGGAAUUGGGGUCUGAUAUACAAUCUUCUCUUGGUCAUCAAGAAAUCUGCCAAGAAAGAAGUCGCGGAGUCUUGGGUACGAGCAACAACAGCAAACGCCCAAGUGGCUGUUCCGGACUUGGAUUAUGACAGCCCCGUCUCUCUCCGACACUUUCUGACUCUGUGUCAAGACGUGAAUUUCACCUACGAUAAUGGAGAAGACAGAAGGAACAACUGCCUUCUCCACGACAUUAAGAGCGUCUCUGACUUGGAAGCCUUGAUUGACAAUGGAUUCACAAUGAUCAACCAUGUCAAAAGCCUUGACGAAGAACAAGAAUUCACGGACAUUUUGAACAGUGAAUUGGCGCACAGGAAUGAGGGAUCAUACGAAAUACUUCUCAACCAAUGGUUUACACUAAUUGGGAACUUGGUUCGAAAAGCCACCCGGAGGGCGGCGGAGACCAAGAAACAAAAGCAUUCGCGAAGGCAAGGUCCAGAAAUUGAUUACAAAAAUGAUUGCUUCACGUACACUACGGAUACGGAUAUUUUUCUGAAUCAAAACCCAGCACCGGGCGUUCAGACCUCUAUUUGCGAGUACGUCUUGUGGAUGGAGCACGAGUAUCACCAGGGACAAAUGUCCAAGCUGGAGAAAUUCACUCGAGAAGCCUGGUAUUCAAAACGGAUUUCGUUGCUCCAUACGCUGCUCAGUAUCAUUGAGAUUCCGGUAGGGUCUCUCGUUGAUCGAUUGAGAAAGCUGCAACCACUAUAUGUUGAUGGUCGUAAGGACCCCAUCGAUCCCGAGCCCUACAUCAAACACUUGUUGGCCUCUGCGAACAAUCGAUGA